AAUAAGUUGUGCCAUAAAUGGUGGUGUUGUUAAAAUAGAGGCGAGAAAUUGGUUAAACAUCAACAGUUUUUAAUUCAUCCCUUCUAAAAAUUUGAUGACGUGCAUCCUAAAAUCUUCUAGAUAAAUCCUAUAAUCAUACAAAUAAACGUCUUACACCCAGAAUUUGUUGAAGAUGACAACAAUCAGCAAAAUCGACAUGGAUGAAGAGAUUUUAGCACGACCUAUUUUACACACUCUCCAAUCUGGGCCAGAAAACCGCAACAUUGUGAAACAGUUCGUCCGCUCCUUUAAUUUUUGGAUUAAGUGCCCCAAAGAUGCACGGAAAACAUUUAUCGAAGUUGGAGAUGGAUUCCAAGAUCUUUUUGUCGUGUCGGACGAUAUUUUGGACGAAACAAUACUUCGCAGAGGAAUUCCUGCAGCCCAUUUGGUUUAUGGGGUUCCACUGAGCGUACGUGCUACUAUAUACAGGGGAAUUUUAUUAUUUCAAAAUUUACUGAGUUAUGCAGACGAUAAUAAGGACAUAGCUCUUGAUGAUCUCAUUAGGUUGGGUAUUCAUUUCUUCACUGGACAAGGGCUUGAAAUACACUAUAGAAACAUCGACAAAUGUCCUACAUUUGAUGAUUACAAUGUGAUACUGCACCACAAAUCUGCCCAUGCCUUUAUAUGGGGAACCCAGUUGUUGAAACUAUGUGCCAAGAAUGUCAAAAUAGAGUUUAAUCCAGACCUUUGUGAUAAAAUGGGUCAAUUUCUUCAGAUAUAUGACGACUACAUAAAUUUGCACAAUCCUAAGUAUGCUGCUGUUCGUGUCUUCUGUGAUGAUCUAGACGAAGGAAAAUUCAGUUAUCCCAUAAUUCAUGGUAUUCAAAGUCACCCGGAAGAUCAUCGCCUUCUGGAUCUGUUGAAAAAAAGACCACUGGAUAUAGAAAGUAAGAAACUCUUUGUGGACAUACUGGAGAGUUUUGGAAGCUUCAAGUAUACACGAAAAGUACUGGAAGACUUGAAAGAUGGAAUUUUCGCCGACGUAGAUAAAAUGAAUAUGGGGAAAAAUCCAUAUUUGGAACGAGUUCUUCAAAAUAUAUUUGAUAAUUUCGAAACGGAAAUUUAUUACGAUGGUUGUGACUAAAAUAUACUUCCUGGGGAUUUAUUAAAGUAUUUAGUUACUUGUG